AUGGCACAGCUGCUUGUACCACCAGGUCCAGACAGCUUCCGCCCCUUUAGUCGUGAGUACCUCAAAGUAAUCGAGGAACGUAUCACAGAGGAGAGCGCCAAGAAACCAAAGAAAGAGAAGAAAAAACGCAAUGAUGAGAAUGAGAUCAAGCCCAGCCGUGACCUGGAAGCGGGCAAAUCACUUCCUCUCCUGUAUGGGGACCCUCCUAAAGGCAUGGUGUCGACACCGCUGGAGGACCUGGAUCCAUACUACAUGAAUCAUAAAACUUUCAUAGUAUUAAACAGAGGAAAUUGUCUCUUCCGCUUCAACGCCGAUCCUGCCUUGUACCUCCUGAGCCCCUUCAACCUUAUUAGAAGAAUAUCAAUUUGGAUUUUGGUACAUUCGUUAUUUAAUAUCGUGAUCAUGUGCACUAUCCUCGCCAACUGUGUAUAUAUGACACAGAGCGAUCUGCCUGACUGGAUAAAGAAUGUAGAAUACAUAUUUACUGCAAUCUAUACACUUGAAUCCCUCAUAAAAAUCUUAGCCCGAGGGUUCUGUAUUGGGAAGUUCACGUUUCUAAGAGAUCCCUGGAACUGGCUGGAUUUUAGUGUCAUUGUGUUGGCGUAUAUAACAGAGUUUGUAGACCUAGGCAACUUUUCAGCUCUUCGCCUGAAAACCAUUGUUGGUGCAUUGUUCCAGUCAGUGAAGAAGCUCGCCAAUGUGAUGAUUCUCACCGUCUUCUGCUUGAGCGUCUUCGCCCUCGUAGGACUACAACUGUUUAUGGGCAAUUUAAAACACAAGUGUGUCCGGGACUAUAAUGUUACAGACGAUAAUGGGACCAAUAUGACUGAAACAGAGUAUGGCAAGGUCUCAGUGGCUGUAUACCUGCUAGAUAAGCGUGAGUAUUUCACUUUAAGUAAAGGAUAA